UUAUCUUCCAUAGGUUCCACCAAACGCAUGCGCAAUUGACUGCAGUUAACUAGUACCUUUUUGAUUGACUUCAUUUGUUGUUUUUUUCACUUUAAUUUAGGGCCAUGGCCCAGGAUUCUUGUAGAUCCACACUUUUGCUUGGAAAGCAGUUGAUGGAAUUGAACAAGAAUGGAGUAGAAGGGUUUUCUGCUGGCCCAAUUGAUGACGAUGAUAUUUACAAAUGGGAGGUUUUGGUGUAUGGGCCAAAGGAGACUCCUUUUGAAGGUGGAUAUUUCAAGGCUCAUCUUAUCUUCCCAAAGGAAUAUCCAAACCGUCCACCAAAAAUGAAAUUUAUUUCAGAGAUUUGGCAUCCUAACAUUGACAAGGAAGGCAACGUGUGCAUUUCUAUCCUUCACGAGCCUGGCGAUGACAAGUAUGGCUACGAGCAGGCGUCUGAGCGCUGGCUGCCGGUCCACACCGUCGAGACGAUCCUCAUCAGCGUCAUAUCCAUGCUGGCCGACCCAAACGACGAAUCUCCGGCAAAUGUCGACGCUGCUAAAGACUGGCGUGAAGAGCCAGAAGUAUUUAAGAAGAAGGUUGCCAGAUGUGUACGAAAAAGUCAAGAUGAAUUCUUAUAAUAAAAUGCAAUGAACAUCUCUCAGUCAUUUUGUCUUUUUGAAACAGUGGGGUACUUGUAGGUGAGUGUAUUUCAUCCAAGAAAUGUUUGAAAAGUUCAUUCACCUGUGGAGAAAAGCAACUUGGACAAAGCAUACCUCCAUUAUCCCAUUCAUUCAUGCAAUUUUGUGAAUAUGUGUAUAUAUUUAUAUAUAUCUGGAUGCACUUGUUCAGUUCUGUUGUUCUACUGGAUUCACUUGUUACAAGAUGGACAAAACAAAUUAUCAGGUUUAGGGUUUUUACGGAUAAGUAUUUCUUAAUUUUGCAUAUAAACAGUUGUGAUGAUAUAUCUAUACAUAUAUAUAUUUAUAUUUAUGAAAAUACUUUGUGCUAAAAUCCGUUUAACGUGCUACUAAAAUCUAACUAUGUAGUAGGGCUAACACUGGAAAGAAUUAUGCUUUUGCCAAUUUUGAGAAAUUUGCAGUUUGAAAAAUUAUUGGAAUUUAUGCAAAAUUAUAUUGAGUAAAUUGUUUUUGAUUUUUGUAUGUGUAGGUUUUUUUUAAUAAUAAUCUGUUUUCAAAUUUGCAAGUGGUUCUGACAGAGUGAGCCCAUAUUGUAGCAUUUGAUUUCUAGUCGGUGACAUCGUAAAAUGACUUACCUGUCAUUUCACUGCAGAGCGGUGAACAGUAUUUUAUCAAUUAAUUUUCAGAUUUAUGUAGAUUGUUCAAAUGUUAUAUAUUUUUACGAAAAAUGCAUAUUUAACUAGUUAAUUGAAACUAUAACUGCUUUUUUAAAAGUACUAUUUUGUGACACAUCUCUUUGUGUAUUUCUGAUGGAUUGAUUGUGGCUUGCUGCAUGUAUUUGUUGUAUUUUAGGCACAUCACUCAAUUACUGUGCUGGAACCCAUUGCUACUUUAAGCAUUUGUACUUUUGUUAGUGUAUUUUUUCAAACUUCUGUCCUGAAGCAAAAAAAAAAAUACUGGCCAAAACUUCGUUUAACUGUAGCAGCAAGUUAGUCACAUGUAAUUGCUCUUUUAGUUGGGUUUGUGUUCUGUUUUUUUCAUUUGUUUUCCCCAUUGUGUAAAUAAGUGGAUUGUAUAAUUUGUCACUUCAAUAAGAAUAAACUGUCUUGUUUUGCCUA